UGAAUUUUGGGUUGUCUCUAGAAUGCAACUCGUUUGUUUUUAAAAGAAGUCAACGUGUCGUUAGCUAAUUACCGGCACAUCAUCAUACUUGAAUAUAGGGGGAUACCAUUGAUGGAUAACUUUAGCAUGCGUGGAAAAGUGUACUAUAACAUUAACAGUUGUCAACUAGUUAGCUCGAUAGCUACCUAACAUUCUUAUGACGAGAAUGCAGAUUUGUCAUGUGAAAAGGACGUUCCGCGUAUUAUAAUAACUUACGUUACAUGUUACACCGUGAUACUACCUGUGUUGGUGUCAGUCAUGGGCAGGAAGUUGGAUCCCACCACGUAUGUGAAGAAGGGGCCGGGGCGGAAGUCCAGGAAGCAGAAAGGAGCAGAGACUGAGCUGGCCAAGUUCUUAACGGAUGAGGAUACUGCACCAAAACGACUGUCAAGCAGGUCCAGGAAAAGAGCUGGGAAGCGAGCUCAAGUGACCAAAAAGCCCAAGGAAAGCACUGAGAAGGAGGAGCCAAAAAAAGGAUUCACAGAUGAAAACAGUGAAUGGCUGAAGCCAGCAAAGAGGAAGCGUGAGGUCGGUCAAUCAGAUAACGAGGACGACAGUGACAGCCAAUGGGAGCAGGAAGAGGACGAGGGACAAGAGGGAGGGGAGAACAAUAAAGGGAAAAAACUGCUAAUUGAAGGAGACGGUGACGAUGAUGACCUGGUUGAUGACUACGGUGCAUUGGAGGACAGCAGUGAAGGAGAGGGAGAAGUAGAUGGUGAUGGAGAGGAGCUGCUCCCCAUCGAGCGAGCUGCCAGGAAGCAGAAGAAGCUGCAGGAAGCAAUGGGCCAGGAGAGUGAUGAUGAUGAUGAUAAUGAAAAUAAGGGGAAGACUGGAGAUGAAGACAUGGAUGAAGAUGACACGGUACAGGCUAAUUUAGAUGAUAUGGACAAAUUCAUACUACCUGGAGCAGAGGAGAUUGCAAAAGAGGGUGUUUUGCUUGUAGACCUGCAGACCAUCCACCAGAGAAUAAAGGACAACGUGGAUGUUCUCUCUCACUUUGCUACCAAGAGGGAGGAGGGGAAAGAGAGAACAGAGUACCUCUCUCUCCUCAAAAAGGAUCUUUCCACUUACUACAGCUACAACAAUUUCCUCAUAGACAAACUGCUGGAUAUCUUCCCAGUGUCAGAGCUGAUUGAUUUCCUGGAGGCCAAUGAAAUUCAGCGACCUGUCACCAUUCGGACCAAUACACUGAAGACAAGGAGGAGGGACUUGGCUCAGGCCCUGAUCAACAGAGGGGUGAAUCUGGAUCCUCUGGGGAAGUGGUCUAAAGUGGGCCUGGUCAUUUUCGACUCCUCGGUACCCAUAGGUGCGACCCCAGAGUACCUAGCGGGUCACUACAUGCUGCAGGGAGCCUCCAGCUUCCUGCCUGUCAUGGCUCUCUCUCCCCAGGAGGGGGAGACUGUGCUCGACAUGAGCUCAGCUCCCGGGGGAAAGACCACCUAUAUGGCCCAGUUGAUGAGGAACACAGGUGUGAUUGUGGCCAAUGAUGCCAGUGCUGACAGACUGAAGAGUGUGGUGGGCAACAUCCACCGUCUGGGAGUCACCAACUCAAUGAUCUGUAACUACGACGGGAGGCAGUUCCCCAAGGUCAUGGGGGGGUUUGACAGAGUGCUGCUUGAUGCUCCCUGCUCAGGCACAGGAGUAAUCUCCAAAGACCCUGCUGUGAAGACCAGUAAAGACGAGUCUGACAUCCAGCGGUUGGCCCACCUGCAGAAGGAGCUCAUCCUGGCGGCCAUCGACUCGGUCAACGCUGAGUCUCCCUCUGGAGGCUAUCUGGUGUACUGCACAUGCUCUAUAAUGGUGGAGGAGAACGAGUGGGUAGUGGACUACGCUCUCAAGAAAAGAAACGUCAAACUCGUCCAGACUGGACUGGACUUUGGCAAAGAAGGUUUCACCAGAUUCAAAGAGAGACGAUUCCAUCCCUCUCUGAAACUCUCACGCCGGUUCUAUCCUCAUUCCCACAACAUGGACGGUUUCUUUGUGGCCAAGCUGAAAAAGUUCUCCAACAUGGUCCCAACCACAGCAGUUGAAAAAGACGGAGAAGAGGAAACCAAGCCAUCUGAGGCAGUAGAGGUUACAGCUGAUUCCUCUGAUGAGGACGGACCAUCUAAAGCAGGGUCUAAGAACAAGUCCAAGAAGCAGAAGCCAGUCCCUGGCAAGCCAGCUAUGUCACAGAAGGCCACAGCCAACGGGAAGCCAGACAAAAGCAUAGGCAAGAAAACAACAAACCUAAGCACCUUGAAAAAGAAUGAGAAACCAACUGGGCCGAAAAAGGCAAAGAUCGCUAAGAUGGAUGGUGGGACUGUGAAAGUGGAUGGAGAGCACAAGAAGUCCAACACAGUCAAAACAGAAGGGGAAACGACCAAACAGUCAAAGGAAGGGAGCAGGUUUGAGAAAAAGGGCGAUAAACAGAGGAAAUCCCCCAUGCAGAGCAAGAAGAGAAUGGGGAAGAACAAAUUCAAUAAGUUGAAGAAGCUGCUGAAAAAAGAAGAGGUUGGACAAUGAACAUGUAUAAAAUGUUUAUGAAAAUGAAGACUAAUUAUUUUGCAGUUGUCGCUAGUCAGAGAGGUCUAAGUUUCAUGACAGAUCAGUAAUUUUCACAAAAGUUGAGCAGAGCAUGUUAGCAUUGUUAAAUAUUGCCUCCCUUCAGACUGAAAAUCACUGCAGUAGGCCCUCCUUCGAGGGCCCUGAGCCUCAGCCCCUUUUGGAGUAGGUAGAUGUCCCUAACCACACAGAUACUGGAUCAGAAAUGUUUCAUGGCCCUCGUGGAUGAUUGCUUCUAGGUUAGGAAUAUGGUAAUAUGAUCCUAGCUCUGGUUGAGGGCAAUGUUCUAAUUUCAACUCUCAUUAAGCAUCACAAUUUCACAUUUUAUUCUUUCCUUGCAAUGCUAUCGGUUUGUUUUAAUUUCAUGUUGUCUUUUGGUCAAAUUGAUAUGUAUUGUAAAGACUAAUCCUUGAGACAAUAAAAUGUUUCAGAUUGUUUGCCAUA